CGCGCGCGUCCCGGGGCGCAGGCGCACUCGUGGCCGCCGCGUCCGCCGCGCCCGGGACGGACGUUUCCCCGCGAGGAGGCGGAACUCUUGCAGAUGGCCCCGCUGCCAGGGGCCGAGCUGGUCCAGACGCCGCUACAGCUCUACCGAUACCUACUGCGCUGUUGUAGGCAGCUGCCAACCAAGGGCAUCCAGGAGCAUUACAGACAUGCUAUCAGACAGAGUUUCCGAGUUCAUUCAGAUGAAGACAACCCUGAGAGAAUCCAACAGAUAAUUAAAAGAGCCAUUGAAGAUGCUGACUGGAUUCUGAACAAAUAUAAAAAGCAAAACUGAGCCGCAGCACCAGAGCCCAGCGCCGGGUGGAAGACCCUGAGGUUGUGAGACCCUCUUCUGGAUCCAGGCAGGAGCCACUGUGGUGGUUUGGGGGUUUCCAGGGCCCUGCCUGAUCUCAGGCA